CAGUCACGUGACGCCGGCAGGCGCGUCCGUUGCCAAGGCGACGGCUCCCAGGCGACGACUGUACGUACAGUGCGGUUGCUAUGAAGUUGUGAGUGAAUGUUUCUUGGUUCGGAGCGACUUCGCUUUAAAGUUGUGAGGAGGCGAGGCUCGCGAGGGAGGGAGGGAGGCAGCGAGGGAGACUGAGCAGGUUCUAUGUUUGAAAGAAAGUAAAGUGACUUGGAAAAAAAAACACACAAGCGGUUGAAGAUGGGGUCAAGUUCGGACGAGUGGGGUCUGCGGCCGCGUUCAAGGGCCUUCUUGCGGCAAGAGGGCGAGAUCAAGGACCCCGCGGGGACGCGGGAGUCGAGGCCCGGCAGCAGGGAGGGGGUGAACCCCGCGUGGAGCACCGAGGCCGCGCAGCAGCUACCCUCGUCAGCCUGGAUCGCUCAGCACGGCCUCAAGAGGCAGAGGCUGUCCCUCCGGCACGUGCUGGCCAGGAUCGGAUUCAGACAGCGUGAGGAAUUUGAGCCGUCCCUGGGCCGGUUGGUGAGCUCCCGGUAUGGCGAGGGUCGCUUUCUGGAGUACUGCCGGCGAGAUGGGACUCUCUAUAGGCUGACGGUGAGCCGCGCUGAGCUGGAGAGCCUGGCCGAGGCGGUGUGGCGCUGCGAGCAACUCUACCGCGAGCGUCUGCUGUGGCUCGGCUCAGGCUCGCGCCGGGCAUUCGGCGUCUUUCACGAGCGUAGCGUCGCGCUGGUGCUGUAUGACGGCGGCGGUAUCGACGUUGGUGGCACCGGAGAUGCUGACGGGGGCGCACACGAGGGACGCUUCCGAGCCCUGCGCCAGGCGCUCGUCCUGCUGGUUCAAGAGCAGCUGGCGCAGAUGGAGCGGUUUAACGUGAUCCGCGCGGGUGACACUCUGGCGGCGUGGCAGGAGCGUGCCGUGCCGGUGACGCCACAAUCGCUGCUCUCCGCCUCGUCCUGGCUCCGCUCGCUGGAGGCACAGGCCGCGCCCUGCGGCGGCACGGCCUGCGCGGAGGCGCUGACGCACGCGCUGGGGGACCCCACGGUGGAGGCGGUGUGCCUGGUGGUGGCCGGGCCCGUGGAGGGCGUGUUCCGUGAGCUGAUGAGGAAGGCGGUGCGGACGGCCGGGCGUCCCGUGCACGUCGCUUGCGUUGACGCUGCCGCCCCGUCGCCCUCGCGCUCCUUCUUGCGGGAGAUCGCGGACCUCACGGGUGGCAGGUUCCACACGUGCGUGCUGACGUCUUUCGCUGAGUCCGUGUCCCUCGCCCGCGACACCGCGGUUUCAGCCUCCCAGCCGCGUUCUUCCCAGCAGUGCGUGGGCGUUCAGCAGGAUGUGUGGGAGGUUUGGAAGGAGAGGGAGGAGGCGUCGCAAAUCCUCGGGGAGAUCCGCCUCAUCCUACGGGAGAUCUCCGCUCCCUCCGCCACCUCUGGUCCGUCCACGACCUCCGCUCCUUCUCCACAACGUCCAAGCCGGAGCGCGUGCCAGAAGUCGUGGCCGUGCGUCCCCUACAAUCGGUGCGACGCCGCCGCCGCCGCCGCCGCCUCCGCCGUUGCCACCUACGCCGCCGCCGCCGCGGAAGAUGCCGAUUCGUGGAGCGAGGACUGCGCGAGCGUGCGGAGCGACGAGGCCGAGCAGAGCUCGCGCGCGUGGCUCGCUCGCUACGGGCUGGAGGCGCGCGGCCUCGCGCUGCACACGGCGCUGGGGCGCUGCGCGUUCCGCCACGCCGACGGCGUCGUGGACUCGGCACACGGCGACUGCGGCCGGCGGCGGCGCGUGCUCGUGAACGCCCGCUACUGCUCGUGUUUCGUGCACACGCUGUGGGCCGACGGGGCCCUGGUGCACGUCUACGUGCCCGAGCGCGUCUACCGAGACUACGCCGUGCGCCUCACCGCCGCCCUGCGCCUCAUCCAGAGCAGGCUGGAGUGGCUGCAGAGAGGCAGCCGUGCUCUGUUUGGGUCGAUUGUGGAGGACCGUGUGUACGUCCUGAUCGACACCUCCCUCUCGAUGGAGGACAAACUGGACCUGCUCAAAGAAAAGCUCUAUCUCCUCAUCGACGAGCAGCUCCGGUACAAAUCCGGCUUCAACCUGGUGAGGUUUGGUUCCCGCGCCGGAGCCUGGCGUCGCCAAAUAGUCGACACCACCGAGAGCCACCUGGACGACGCCAGAGCGUGGGUGGAGAGUUUAGAGGCGGGUGGAUCCACGGACACCUUGGGGGCACUGAGGCUGGCCCUCGGAGAUCCAGCCACUGAGGGAGUCUACCUGCUCAGCGAUGGACGUCCAGAUCAGCCUCCCAGGACGGUGCUCUCCCACGUGCGCUACGACCCGCCGGUGCCCGUGCACACGGUGAGCUUCUGCUGCGAGGACGCGGCAGCGGCCGACUUCCUGCACAGCCUGGCGAGCGACACGGGCGGCCGCUACCACGUCUACCCGCCCGGCGGCGCUCCGCACACGUUGCCCCCCGCCGCCAACGGGGACGAUGACGAGCCGUGCGCAGGCGAACCUGCGCAGGAUGGGCCGCCGCGCCCCUACACGAGCGAGGAUGUGCGCCUGCUGGAGGAGGAGCUGGCGAGGGGGGCGCGGGAUCUGGAGCGAGCCGGAGCUCUUCGUGCGGAGUGCGUGCUGCUGGAUUGUUACCACAACGGGCUGCGCACACGUCCAGAGAAUUCCCGCGGCUCCGCCAGCCCCGACUGCAGCCAGGGCCGGAACAGGCACCCCCAGGGCCAUCCUCCCCAUACCAGGGACACCAUGUGUUGGGGCUCGGCCCCUCCUCAACCCCCUCCGCGCCGCCCGUCACCCCAAGAGCUGGCGCUCAGGAAGCACAAGUGGCGCAACUUUGCGUUGGAGGAGCUGGCGACCAACAGGGGAUUGUACCCGGCCCACACACGCUCCAGCCUCUUGCGGGCCCUGCACGGAGCUGCCGGUGGCUCUGAGGUCAAGGCAGCUGGGUCACGGGCUGCCCUUCCUGAGCCACAGUGGUUGCUGCCAGAGAGUGGACGGCUGCUGGACACGAACCUCCGCAAGGAAGCAGUCGCGCUGGGCGAGUUAAUGGAAGAGAAGUCAAAAACACCAAAAGCCAAAAAGAAAACCUCAAAAGACUGGCUGGCACGGAACAGUUUGGUGGCCAAGAGGUUGACCAUAAUGGACGCUCUGCAGCCAACAGCCCUGCCCGUUUCGGCCACCUACGUUCCCAUCCUGGGAAAGAACGUGCACUCCAAAGUGUUCAACGAGAUUAUGCCACUGGCGUUUGAGUCUCACGGCGGUGCACGCGUGCAGCUGGUGAACCCGCUCGCUGUGAACCUCACUGCUUACGAGGCUCGGCUCACCAAGCAGAUCGAAGCUUACGAGAAACACCUGGACUCGAUGGUGUUCCAAGCUCUGCCCGAGAAGCAGAAAGAGAGGUUUGCGCAAGGCGGCCGCGCCCCCUCGUUCGUCGCGCGCCGGGGCGAGCUGCUGGCCGCGUUGGAGGCCGCCGGGUGGCCCGUGACGCAGGCCGCCAUCUCUCGCGUGGAGCGAGAGGCGGAGGCUGCCCACGCGCACCUGGAGAAGGCGCGGGAGCUGCGCCGCGCCGCCACGGAGCUGGCCAAGGGCGCGCCGCGCCGCGCGAGGCCACGUACCUGCCCGAGGCUCGCCGCCGCCGCCACCAUGGCCCGCUAGGGAGGGUCCGCAGUAGCGGUGGAGGUGGCGGUGGUGGUGGAAGCGGGGUCAGCGCUGUUAGCGAUCUGCUGUGUCGUCUGCAACAGCCGUUGUUGGUGAUGAUAAUGGUCAUAACCAUGAUGAUCCAUAAUAGAGGUUUUUUUUUUGGUUAGAUCACGUAAAUAUAUAAAUGUUGUGUCGUUAAAACCC